AUGUUGGAUAAAUUACUUCUCAUUCGGCCAACAUCACUCACAUGUUUAGUAUCUGUUUGCAAACGAUUUAUAAGAACUGCACCACCAGCUAAUCCUCCUACUUCUGCAGAAUUAUCAUCAGGAAUUAUUAAAGAAGAAAAAACUGCUAUUGAUUCAACAGGAAAAAUAUUCACAUUUAGACAUGGACCACCUCCUGAUAUAACACCAGUAGAUGAUUUAGGUCCUUAUGAAAUUCGUUUACAAAAUAUUGGUUGUAAAAAUCGUCGAUUUGAUCGUAUUGUUGUUCAACGUAUGAAACAUUCACCUAAUGCUGAUGAAAUUAUUGAAAAUCUUGGCUCAUACGAUCCUAUGCCUAAUGAUAAAAAUGAAAUAUUAGUUGCAGUUAAUUUAAAACGUCUUAGAUAUUGGAUUGGUACUGAAGGUGUUGUUAUUAAUCCAUGGGUGCAAAAAUUACUUGGACGUUGUGGUUUUUUUCCUGUUGAUCCUGCUGACUAUGUUGAUGCAUAUCGAGCAAGAAAAAUAACUGAAAAUCGUUUAAGAUAUCCAGAAAAAAAUGAUGAUGAAGAAGAAAAACAACAAGAAGAAACGGCAUAA